AUGAAUCUGGACAAAACUAAGGUCAUGUUCAACGACCAUAUCAUUCCUGGACCGGUAAUAGUCGAAUCUGCGGUACUCGAAGUUGUGUCUGAAUACACCUAUCUAGGCCAAAUUAUUCAGCUGGGCAGGGCCAACUUUGAGAAGGAAGCUGAUAGGCGCAUACAGUUGGGCUGGGCUGCGUAUGGAAAACUCCGUCACAUCUUGAACUCAGCAAUCCCGCAAUGCUUAAAGACAAAAGUUUUCAACGCUUGUGUGCUGCCGGUCAUGACAUAUGGCGCUGAAACGUGGACAUUAACCGCUUUGAGACCAUACUAUACAAUAACGUUUAUGACCAAUAGGCUAACAACGGAUGAAAUCUACAAGAGGCGCUUAGAAAAAAACAAAUUACGGGCUUUUUCAGCAAUUUGCAGUGAUGAAAACGAAAAAGAAAAUGAAAAUCCGAAAUUCAAAGUUAAUAACACCAAGAACGCAACUUCAAAAGUCAGCGAACAGGAAAUCCAUAAAAUUGAACAUAACCCAUUUAAUUUGGCUAGUCACGUGCGACUUUUUACGUUAAGAAAAAGUGAAAAGAAAUCAAGUAUGCCAGAACCUUUCAUCACCAACGAUCCAAGAACAAUAUGUGAUAUUGAUAAAACUUUUUAUAAAAUAAUCGAAGGGAGGCCUCUGAGACAGUUCAGUGAUAUAAAAGUUUAUAUGAGGAAUAUAAGAGACAUAACAUUAUUCAGAGCAAACAUUGCUUAUCGGAGAGAUCAAAUAAUUAAGAUAGAUACGGCUUUACGAGAUGAAUAUACUGAAUACGAAAAAAUUGAGACUUUUUUUACUGAAACAAAAUCUAACUUUGUUCGAUUCGCCCAAGAAUGCUACGAGAGAGGAAAAAUUGUUGAAGCCUUGGCCAAUGCAAAGUCUAUUGAACUAGACAAAAUGGUCGAUCAAUUAGAAAAUUACAGCUUCAUUUGCGUUAAAAUACGAAAUCAGUUGUCUGGCUUACUAGCAACGUUUGAAAAUUUAGAUAAAUAUCGCGGAUUCUUAUUUUCGCUGAGCCCUAUGUCUUGGCAAAAUAAGUUCAUGUCACACUUUAACGAAAAUAUUAUUGACGUAAACUACCUACAAGAAAAUAUUACAUCAGCAGAAACAAUUAAUGGUUUAAAAGUAACACUUCUCAAACUUCAGAAAGUAAGUCCGGAGCUAUUUUUCGAUGAACCUAAACAACUUAUGACUAUUUGCGAUGAUUUGGGUAAACAAUGCUUAAAUUAUAUGAAAAUAAAUGUUUUUGCAAAUAACAUUAUUGUUCAGGUGAUGAAAUAUCGUGGCUUUUAUAGAAAGAUAGUACAAGAUGAAGUAUUUGAACUAGAAGAAUUUAUUGAGAUUUUCCAGAAAUAUGUAGUUUGGAUGGAAGACAAAGAAAAAGAGAACAAAGCUAUUUUUGAAAGGAUAUUAUUAAAUGAGUUCCAUGAAUUGUUCGCUUCAUAUGAUACCGCUAAACUUUUCACUUGUGUACAAUACGUCAAUACCCGUCUCUUUGAAACGCCAGAAGAUCCAAAAGACAGUCUGUCACUUCUAACGGGUCAAUUAGAACUACAAUAUUUAGAACUUACAUCACAACUGGACUGUUUGGAUCAAGAAAUAGUAAAGGCAGCAACGAAUGAACUCUUCGCUGAAGAUAUAAAAAUGAUGAAGAUGGCACACAAGGCACAAAGGGAACUCAAAGAGUGUGAUUUACUUAGUAAAGCUUUGUAUACUAGUUUCGAACCGCCGCGAUAUAAACGUAAAUAA